UGGUUUGUGUUGGUUUGUGAUGCGAUUUCGCUUGCGUAUUUUGCACCGGGUAAUUAAAUUAGUAAAUUAUAAUUAGAGCCGGUAGCUUCUUUAAAUUAUGUGUUAAAAACAUAAUGUAUUGAUGUUACUUACCUUCGAGUUCAAAUAAAAAUCGCAUUCGCGUUCUGAAAAUGGAGUACCAUUUUAACGAUCUGUGUAUGCCUGCCGAUCAUCUUUUAACAGACCCAUACGCAGCUGAAUACACUCCGCAGUACAUCAUGCCGUCACAGGAAGGGGAGUAUGAAGUGCGGAGCAGUAUACUGGUGGACGGUGGAGACAGGUUUGGUGUCUCCGCUGUGCAGUUUGACAAGUUUGAAGAGUUAAUCUGGAUGGGUAAUCAAGGGGGCCACGUGACAUCGUAUUACGGCCCAGCCAUGCAGAAGUACACCUCGUUCCAAGUCCAUGAGUCUGAAGAAGUGAGGGAUAUACUGACGAUGGAGAAUGGUAUUUAUGCUCUCACGAAAACGUCCCUGCGCCAUCAGAUACGGAGAGGCAUUCCGAAACAUACUCACAGGUCGCGCAACAUGACGGACAUGCAGUGUCUCUACCAGGUGAAUUCUACCAAGCUAAUGAUGGGCGGACAUCAGGACAAGUUGAUAGAUCUCGACCUUACCAAGCUGGUGGAAACUGUUAUUCCGAUCCCAGAAGAAGGCUGCGCCGUGCUUCGCGGCGGCGGGAGCUCCCUGGUCGCCUGCGGCAGCGCCAGCGGCUCCGUGAGCCUCCGCGACCUGCGGAGCCCGACGACGGCGCAGCACACGUUCCGGGCGCACUCCGCCUGCCUCUCCGACCUGGACAUGCAGGGCGACCUGCUCAUCACGUGCGGUUUCCAGUCAGUAAACGGCGUAGCAGUGGCGGAGCCCUACGUGAUAGUGUGGGACGUGCGUCGCCUGCGCGGCGGCGCGGCCACGUCAGCCGCGUGGUCGUGCGCCACGGCGGCGCCUCCGCUGCUGCUCCACUACCUGCCCGCCUUCUCCGGUCGGGCCGUGGCCCUGUCCGGCGACGGACACGUGACGCUCCUCCAUGUCAACGCUAGUGAUGACAACCACUCCGUUUUCCAAGUGGACACCCAAUCCUCGCUCUGCAGUGUGAUGGACGUGUCAGCAACCAGCCAAGCUCUAGUCUUCGGCGACCAAGCGGGACAUUUGCAUCUCUUCUCACCCCAGCACAAUCACGAGCCCGUGUUCAACAAUUUCUCCAGAGCCACAGAGUUCGCCGACGCCCCUCCGAACCUUCCCUUCGCGGGCCCCACCGACGCCACCUUCCAGUUCUCGUCCGUGCCCCUCCCCCCGCUAGCCGCCGGCCCGAGGUGGUUCAACGAACUACCCCCCGCCUUCUUUAGGAAGGGAUACAGGAAAUCAAAACCGAUAGACCCAGAGGUCCUCAACACCAUGAAAAUGCAGGGUCCGAUCGGUUACGCUCCAAACCCUAGAACUUUCAAAAGAAACCAGAUGCCCUACAUAGAAGACACUCUGGAAGACCUCUUCGCUGCCAAAGUGACAGAAAACAAAUUCACGAACCAACCCGUGCCAAAGCACUAUCAAAAGACUGAUGGCCGUUACAAGCAAGAUAGUGAAACUAGCAACAAGCCCGGCUUCCCCGGAUUAGAAGCUAUUUUACCCAAUUCGUAUUGCAACUCCAUGCUUCAGGUUCUGUACUACACUCCAGCUGUGAAAGCAACCUUGCUGGCCCACACUUGCGCUAAAGAGUUCUGUCUCAGCUGUGAAUUAGGCUUCCUGUUUCGAAUGCUCGACUCAUCUGGCGGGGCAGCUUGUCAAGCAGCGAACUUCUUACGAGCCUUCCGUACCGUACCCGAGGCCGCCGCUUUAGGCCUCAUCCUACCCGACCGGCAGGAUUCGCAGGAUCUCCAGGCCUUGAUACAGAGCUGGAACCGUUUCAUACUCCACCAGAUGCACUACGAAAUCCUGGAAACACGGAAGAAGGAAAAGGAGAUGGCACUACUCGCUAACAGUUCUCCCCCCAAAACAAGGGGGAGCGUGCCAGCUCCCAUCAUCGCACCCGCCACACAGGUGAAUGGAUAUCCGGAAGAAUAUCAAUACGCAGAGCUGGAGUUCCUCGGACCCAGCACUGAGUUUGAAGAUGGCGAGCCGAGAGAAGACGGUUGGCAUAACCUGAGUCAGGAAGAAGCCUUAUUUGGACCUGUGGAAUAUUCAGUAUCUCCAGACUCUCAACUCAACAAGGUGAACGACGAGCUACCAAACCAACAAGUGGAUAGAGAAGAGUCGGACAUAUCCCAGCUCUUCGCUAUCGGCCGACACCAGCUCAACCGCUGCUUGAAGUGCAAUAAGGAGGAGGAGCGGUCAUCCGUCGUGCUAGCGUGCGCGCUGCAGUACCCGAUGGGCGCCGCGGCGGCGCGCGGCUUCGCGGAGCUGGCGCGCGCCUCGCUCGCGCCGCGCCGCGCCACGCCCGCCUGGUGCGACCACUGCGCACGCUUCACGCCCACGCAGCAGCAGGGCAGGGUCAUACGGUUACCGCCGAUAUUGGCAAUAAACUGUGGCGGUGUCACUGCCCACGAGAAAGCUUACUGGGCUAAAGGCACACCGAAGGAGACGCCGGACUCAACAAAACGCGGUAGCAGCGGCAAGCCGUGCCGGUACGGCAUGCAUUGUGCGAGGCCGGGCUGCCGGUUCAAACACCCGGACAGACCGAGUCCGUCCCAAGGUUCGUCCAAGAGCCCCGACUCUCACUGCGUGUUGCCGCACCAGCUGCUGAUCAGGUUGCAGUCGGACGGCGACGUCAUUAUCAAUGAUAAGAACGAGGCAUCGAACGACAACCGAGAUAAACACAAGAAGAAGCAAGUGACGACCAUUUCAGAAGAAGAAUACAACUUGUCAGCUGCCGUUAUAUGCGUUGAGGACAACCCGAAGAACCUGGUCGCUUACGUGCAGAUAGGGGAGGAGUGGCACAUGUUCAACGACGUCAGCAUAACCCCAGUGUCAGCGUCAGAAGUGGUCCAGUUCAGCGCGUGGUGGAAAACGCCCUGCGUGCUCUUCUACUCGUCGGCGAGCCUCAAGCAGGAGGAAUCAUAGCCGGCCGAGUAUGGACCUUAUAGCGACGAGGCUAUAGGUCCAUACAACAUGAACGAAAUGUUCUACCAAGUCAUCGCCGAAGGACAUUACAGCAUGUACAACGAGUAGCGGAUAAUGAACCCUAAUGCAGCGUGGUAAGGAGCAAAUUUGAACAAAAUCAAGUGAAACAUUUAAAUUAUGAAGAAAUUUUAGGUUAAGUCUAAAUUAUUUUAGUGAGAUCGUGGUAAAGGCGAAACUUGUAUGUAAUUUUGCGAAAUUGCCUUGUCUUGUUUGGUUUCCUCGCAUUCGAUAUGAAAAGUAGAGUGUUUAACUCGGGUGAAAGGCACCAUUUCAACCCUUGGUUAACAAUCUACUAUAAAUAUUGAAGAUGUUUUCGCAUCAAAUUUGUACCAGAGUUCGAAGUUCCAAUAUAUUUUUAAAUUUUUUUGGAAUCUAACUUUCACAUUGAAAUAUUCAGAGAGGAAAAUAUGUUUGUAUGAAGAAUGUUAGUUUUAUGAAUAAGUAUUUAGAAAAAUACAUUGAAAUCGCUAGAUCUAUUUUUGAGAUUACAAUCUGAAAUAUGAUACUGCAUUUUAGAACAAACAAAAUUCAUUUUAGAUCAAAUAAAACAUAUAUGACCGUAUACUGACACUUUACAUGUGUGGGAGAGGGAUACACCAUAAAAACAAAAUUAUAUUAUUAUUUAUUUUUAGGCUCUUUACACCUAAAGCAUUACGUUUUUAAUACCGUGGACUUUAAAGAAAACCGGCCAAGUCCGAGUCGGACUCGCGCACGAAGGGCUCCGUACCAUUACGCAUAAAACGGCAAAAAAAAAUCACAUUUGUUGUAUGGGAGCCCCACUUAAAUAUUUAUUUUAUUCUGUUUUUAGUAUUUGUUGUUAUAGCGACAACAGAAAUGAAUCAUCUGUGAAAAUUUCAACUUCCUAGCUAUCACGGUUCAUGAGAUACAGCCUGGUGACACUCCUACAGACGGGCAUACAGACAGACGGAUAGCCAAGUCUUAGUAAUAGAGACCCGUUUUUACCCUUUGGGCACGAUUUUUACCCGACUAAGCUUAUAAGCGACAUAUUUUUAGUAGCAGUCUGUUAUCCUUAGCGUCAUAAGCGACAGAGAUUGGGACAGGUCAAUGUACGAAAUUCCAUGGGCAAAGCGUCCUUUCUUUACAUGACAUGAAAAAAAACUAGCCAAGUGCGAGUCGGCAAUAGAAAUACAUCAUCUAUGAAAAUUUCAACUGUCUAGCUAUAGCGGUUCAUGAGAUACAGCCUGGUGACAGACAGACGGACGGACAGGAUAGCGGAGUCUUAGUACUAGUCCCGUUUUUCACCCUUUGGGUACAGAACCCUAAAAAGCUCACUAAAAUAACAAACAUAAAUGAUUCACUAGCAUUUUUGUUUUAGUCUUCAUUAACCCUGGCACCUAUUUCACUAACUUGACAAUUGAUACUUGAAACUCUCAAUUUCCUGUACAUUUCUGCAUCUGUAAGUAACGACCGAAUAUAUCGUACCGUUUAUAUGCAAUGUAGGUGAAAUGACUCGCUUGACUUCAAACUUGGUUAAAUCCAUCUGUCAGAUUAUGCGAUUUUGGUAUUAUGAAAGAUAAUAGGGUAGAUAUUUGCUGAGAGGGUUGAAUGGAUUUACCCGAGUUUGAAGUUAAGCGACACGAUUGUCAAUGUCAGGCGACAAUUGUCAGCGUGGUGGAACAGGGCCCCUGUUUUCAUCUCCAAUCUAGGUUAGGGUUGAGAUAAGUUUAAGACUGUAGAGAUUAUUGAUGUGUAAGUCUUUUUUUAACUAUUAUGGCAAUGUGCAAGUAGGUUUUAUCUAAAUCAGAGAGUUAUGAUUGUAGGAGAGAUGUAAACUCUAAGACAUUCGUGCUUGGAAAGCAAAUUACUAAGAAAAAUUGCGCUGUACAGCGCCAUCUGCUUAGCUGUCGAAUUUGGAGGCCUCAGAGAUAACCAACGGAGACGCCAUGUUUAUAAUUUUCGGAACAAAAUAGUCUGCCCUUUCUUGCGGGGGAGGGGCACAUCAAAUGUAUACGAAACGUCAACAUAGCCAUGUCAGAUAAAGGUCAGUCCAUACAUGUGUUGGACAUGUGGUUGACCAUUGGCCGCCUUUUUUCGACAGAGGGGAACGCUUGUUAAUGACCACUCCGUUUGGUUAUAUUCUCUAAGUUAGAGGCAGUAUUAUAUUACAUCACUACUUAUAAUCAAUCUCUUUGCUCUUAUCAAAGAGAAUAGAGUGUAUAGAGACGGAUUGGCAAAGUAAAUUAUGUAGUCACUGUAAAUUUACUGCCAUCUUUCGACAGAACAUAAAACUGUUAGAACACCAUUUUUCUCACGGAUAUGUGUUAACUUAUUAAAUAUUAAUAUUAACGCCAUCUACUCAACUAUAAGCCAAAAAUAUGGUGCAAUCUUUUCUAGCGAUGGCGCCAUAACCUUCAGCCUACUCUCGAGUAGAUGGCGUUAAUAUUAAUAUUUAACAAGCUAACACAUAUCAGUGAACGAAUAAUGAUCAAAGUCAAAUGGCGUUCUAACAGUUUUAAUCCUCUGUCGAAAGAUGGCAGUACAUGUACUGUAGCUACAUAAUUUACCAUAACAGUAACUAUCUAUUUCGAAUUCUCUUUGCUAUUAUUGCCUACAGACUGAUCAUGACCGAGUCAUUUCAUAAUAUUUAUCAUUGUCAUUAUUGGGCAAGUUUA